AUGUCAAUGUACGAACUCACACUUGCCGCUUAUGAAUCUUCAACUAUCAAGCUGGAGGAUCUACCACCUAUUCGCGCAGUUGCCCUGUCUUCGGGCCUUUCUGCGGAUCUCUUGGUCGAAAAUCCUCCAACUCUCUUCCUUCAGGUGGAUCCAUUGAAGUGGGCGAAACACAAGAAUGUCAAGCAGGCCUGGGGGAAGCUUCGCGAUAAGUAUCAGCUUGACCAGCAUGCUUGGGAAAAGGCGACGUGGGAUUUCUCGGUCAUGACUAUUGGCAGAGACUGGAGUUGUGUAGGGAGCAUGAGCAAGGCUCGGAAACUUGGAUGGACUGAGUAUGCUGAUACGGGGGAUGAGUUGGAAGAUACAUUUAGAGAGGUGUUUUCGCCUGCUGAGUGGCUCCGACGUGACUUUUAA